CUGGCCAGCUCCAGAGUUCAAUCCCACCCAGAUAAGACUUAUUGUCUACCAAGAUUGUGAACGGCGAGGAAGGAAUGUUCUGUUUGAUUCUAAAGCAACAAAGAAAACCGAGGAAACUGCAACCUCAAAAGUAUGCAAUGAUAUCCAAGUGAAGAUUCUUGAGAAAUGCUGUCAUACAAAAUGCAAUACAUAUACCAGUUCUUCAGACAGCCUCUCUUCUUCAUCUUCUUCAGCUCCAAAUGCUAAAGAUCAGUCUUCGAAAUGCCAGAAUUCUCGGCCGUCCUCUGAUGCCAACAUGCUUGGCGAAAUGAUGUUUGGGUCUGUGGCAAUGAGCUACAAAGGUUCCACAUUAAAAAUCCACCAGAUACGGUCUCCACCUCAACUAAUGCUUAGUAAAGUUUUCACAGCUCGUACUGGAGGUAGUGUCACUGGAAGCCUCAACACGUGG